CAUCCUUGGAACCAUCGACCAUUACUCAGUAACGCCACGACGUGAACACCGCACUACACGGCUUUUGUGCUACAUCGUCGAACACUGUGACUAAUACUUGAGAACACAAUGUAUCUUGAAGCACUGUUUGACCAUCAGCCAUAAUCUAUUAUCGACUGGAGUUGUGUUCUUGAGAUGGACAACGCGCAGAUUUUAAGGAACCACGCCCUCUUUCAGAAGAGCUGGACCAACUGGCCUUGUGAUCAUGGACUCCCCUCGCUGUCCAGCGGGUCACGGACCUCCAAGGCCACGGGGUCAGAUUCACUGGACAUGUCCCUUGCUACCAGUUCCAAGUCCGGUAACUCGCAGCCUCGAUUUCGAACGAACCGCGUCGUGUCAACAUCAGCGUUCUCCAAGUCCGCCACAAGUUCCCUCACUGCCAGCAACAACAGCGUCGUAGCCAAGGGCAACCAGGUGUUGGCGGACAGACGGGAGAAGAGAGCAACAAGACGCAAGCCCUGGACUGAAGACGUCCCGAAAAUAGAGUCAAAUAACAACACCUAUGUCGAAAUCCACUAUGAGAAGGCACUCCCUAAGGGCAAAUGGAUGGAGUUUAGACAGAGGCAGUACGUGGCCAACCCCAAAUAUGGGCAUCUGUACGAAGUCAGGACCGACCUGACCCCCCGGAGACAGAGCCCGCCCCCUCCCAGCACGUGGUUAUGGGAGGAGGAAUACCGUAUAUGGAGGUUGGAGGAGGCAAGGGAGGGUAUCUCUUCCGUGUCAAGCUCUCUAUCGAAGAUAGGCAGUACGACGUCGAGGAAAGGGAUGAAGAAAGACAAGGAGAAGCCGCACGCUGAUCUGUUCGCCCAGUACCACGCCUACCGCCUAGACAAACAACGUCGCCAGUACGCAGCCUGCAACAUCCAGCGUUACGUCAAGGGCUGGCUCAUCAGACACAAAAUACAGAAACUGAAGAGAAACAUCAACGGGCAAGCUAUAGCCCUGAAACGUCUUUACAUAGAAUAA